AACCAAAUGUUAAAAGAAUAAAACCUUUUAGAUUACUUAAAGAUACGUUAACAAACUAGCUACAUAUAUAAGUGUCGUUAAAGUAUUUUAAAAUAAUGAAUUGCUAUUUAAAGUGCAUAAUCGUGUACCUGCGAGUCUUUUGGUGUUACAUGUAACGGGAGGUCAAAUAAUUUUGAAAGUGCCAAACCGGACGCGUGAAAUUGUUCUGGAAGGAGCCGCAGCAGACGUGAAGAAAUGCGCCGCUGCUGCUGUAAACAUUGACUGUUGUCUUUAAAAAAGUGUAGUUUUUCGCUUUCUCCGCGUUUACGCGUACGGGCGGCUGUCUUGGACAGAGCAACGAGUCAAACAUAGCACUGCACUGCCAUGUCGUCGCCUCCCGAGAUGACAGAAAUGUACGACAACGCGCUGCUGGGCAUUCUUCAGCAUGUAGGAAACAUUCAGGACUUUCUUCAAAUCUACUUUGGCUUCUUGUACCGCAAAACCGAUUUUUACCGACUCCUUUCCGGUCCCGGUGACAAAAUGGGAUUCCCGCCAGGUGUUGCCGAGAAGAUGGUCCUCAAGACGUUCAAGAUGUUUGAGAAGUUUUCUGAGCAGAACCGCGAGCUGCAGAAGCGACGGGCUGAGUCUGUGCCGGUUCCCGUGGCUGUCCAGGAGCUGGAAAUCUCUUCAGAAUCAAUGAGCGCCUCUUCCUCCGAUCCCAUCCCAGAGUCCCAACCCACUCCCAACACCGCUGGCGGCGACCAGGCAGCCACGUCGUCCAGCUCGGAAAAGCCCAGCAUGAAGACAUCCGCGUCCGACUCGGAGAGCUACAAUGGAGCCGUGCGUGACAAGUACAAGUGGUCCCAAGACUACAAUGACGUGGAGGUGCGCGUCUUCGUGCCCGAGGAGGUGGUCAAAGGCAAACAGGUGAGCGUGAACCUGAGCAAUGGCAGCGUGCGUGUCUGCGUGCGCGUGGGCGCCGAAGAGCGCACUCUGCUGGACGGGAACUUUGCACACAAGAUCAACACGGAAAAUUCUCUGUGGAGCCUGGACCCUGGAAAAUGCGUAGUGCUGUCGCUGAACAAGUCGUCAGAGGUGUGGUGGAAGUGCGUGCUGGAGGGCGAGGAGGAGAUCGACGUGGAUAAACUGAACCGUGAGCGCUCCAUGGCCACCGUGGACGAGGAGGAGCACGCCGUCCUCGACCGCCUGACCUUUGACUACCACCAGAAGCUGCAAGGAAAGCCGCAGAGCCAUGAAAUGAAAGUGCACGAAAUGCUGAAAAAGGGCUGGGAUGCAGAGGGCUCGCCUUUCAAGGGUCAGCAGUUCGAGCCAUCCAUGUUCGACAUCCCGCCCGGCGCCGUACAGUUCUGAGGCCCCAUCCAUCUAAACAAGCGAGUAGACAAAAUGGAGGACGUCAACAUUGUCUGUCGGCCCAGCAACAAAUUGCACCGUGUCUAGCUCCGCGCCUUCUUUUUAGGUAACCUGACACUGCACCCAGAUGCUGAUGAACUGAGCUUUCGUAAAUAAAAAAAAUUCA